AUGAUAUUAUCAGCUACAGAAAGAUCAUAUUUAUACGAAUUAUUGCAACAAACACCUCCAAUAAGGCCUGAUGGGAGAAGUAAUAAACAAUUUAGACCAAUUCAAUCUCAUAUAGGAUUUUUAGAUAAUUCAAAUGGUUCAGCUAAAAUUACAUUAAGUGAUGGUAGUGAAUGUAUUGUUAGUAUUAAAGCUGAAGUUGUGGAGAAAUCAACAACUAAUGAAUUGGUUUCUGUUGAUGUUGAUGUUUCAGGUCAUAGAGAUGAUACUUCAUUUAUUUUAAAUUUACAAUCAAGUUUGAAAACAUUAUAUUUAAAACAUAUUUCAUCAGAAUCAUUAAAUUUAACAACGAAAUUUGCAUAUAAAUUAUUCAUUGAUGUCUUGGUGAUAUCAAAUUAUUCAUAUCCAUUAACUUUAAUGACUUUUACAUCAUAUUUAGCAUUAAAUAAUACAUAUUUACCAAAAAUUACAUCAAGUGUUGAUGAUAAAGAAAUUGAAGAACAACCAACAUUCCAUGAUUAUGAAUUUAAUAAAUUAAUUGGUCAAUUCCCAAUUGUAUUCACUGUGGCUAUAAUAGGGAAAAAUUAUAUAAUUGAUCCAAAUAUUGAAGAAAUGGAAGUUAGUGAUAAUGGGUUAAUUAUUAGUUGGUUUAAUGGGAAACCAAUUUCUCCAAUACAAAAUGUUAAAUUAAAUGAUGGGAAUUUGAAGAGUGUUAAGCCUCAAUUGAUUUUACAAAGUAUAGAUUUGGUUAAAGAAGUUGCCAAUGAUGUUAUCAAUUCAUUAAAUUCUGCAGAAUAG